AGCGGCGCGCGUGCGGCGGCGCGCGGGGCGGCCAUGCCGGGCAGGAAGUCUUCCAAGGAGAAGAAGCGGCGCCGCUCGCGUUCCUGCUGCCCGGAGGGAGCCCCGGGGCCGGACGGCAGCGACAGGAAGCGGCGCAGCACCGAGUCCAGCCACGGUGCCCUGGAGGAAACAAAAUGCAAUGUACUCUCUGGAGAAAAAGUGGAAGAAGCUGAACAACCCAGUGAUAUAGAAGAAGGAGGAUUAGAUCUCACUGUGUCACUCAAACCUGUCAGUUUCUACAUUGGGGAUAAAAAGGAAAUGCUUCAACAGUGUUUCUGUGUCAUAGGGGAGAAGAAACUACAGAAGAUGCUGCCUGAUACUUUAAAGAACUGUUCCAUGGACGAAAUCAAAAGACUUUGCAUGGAGCAGUUGGAGCUGUUAUCUGAAAAAAAGCUGUUGAAGAUACUUGAAGGCAAGAUUGGAGCUGAUUCUGAUACUGACGAGGAGGCAGAUGGAGGAGACAAGACUGGAGGUGAUUCAGUCAGUCAACAGGACAACAGUAUAGACUCAACUUCUUCUCUGAGAGAAGACAGCAAGCUGGAAGGUCAGGAGUCAAAACAAGGUAAGGGAGAAGAUAGUGAUGUCCUCAGCAUAAACGCAGAUGCAUAUGAUAGUGACAUAGAAGGGCCAUGCAACGAAGAGGAUGGUCCAGAUGUGCAAGAGAGCACUGUAAGAAGUGGAGCUGGCCAGAUAGAUGACCUUCAGAAGGACAUUGAGAAGAGUGUGAAUGAGAUUCUGGGGUUGGCAGAGUCCAGCCCAAAGGAGCCUAAAACAGCAGCCUUAGCUGUUCCUCCAUCAGAAGAUGUUCAGCCAUCAGCACAACAGCUGGAGCUUCUGGAACUAGAAAUGAGAGCCAGAGCUAUUAAGGCUCUGAUGAAAGCUGGUGAUGGAAAGAAACAUCCCUGAGACUGUUCAGAUUUCAUUUUCACUAUUUGUUUUGAAGAAGGUGAUGUCUGUUCUCUUCAGUGCUACAGUGUGUUUGGGUUGGGUGUGACAUUCCUCCUUUGGACUGUGUUGUAUAUCCUGAUCUGUGGUUCAGUGGUUUUGUUGCCUUUAGUGUGCUGCUUCCAUGACAUGCACGAACAGUGGUUGAUGAGGUGUCUUCCCUGAGAUGAGGUGCCCUUGUGCUUGGGUCACCUCCUCAGGGAGUCACACCACAUACAGAGCUGUGCCAGGUACCUGGUGCCCUCCAGAAAGGUUGUUGUAGAAACUUAGAAUCAUUGAAUGGUUAGGGUAGGAAGAGAUUUGAGACUGCUUAAUUCUUCUUGGGGCCCAUCUCAUCAUAAUGUAGGUAUUCUCAGUAGAAUAUGAUGCUUUGUGUAAAAGCAUACUUAAUUUUUUAAAAUUUGAAUUCCUAAAGGAAAGGAUUUUUACCUUUCAAAUAAACAGUUGAACAUGUUGUUUUCAGAGGUAAGUGCCUGAAAGAGACAGGGCAGUUUAUUACACUGGCAUGUAGUUUUGUCAGUUUUCUCCGCUCUUAUCUUCUGUAUUAUAACUGGAGAAAGCAAAGUUUCUUCCUAACUUUUGUUUUGAAUAUUUGGCCUAAUAUUUAGCAAAUCAAACAGUUCAGAUGAUCUUGAGCUUUUGUCAUUCAAUUGAUGUAGUCAUUUCAUAUCCCCUGAAUGUAGGAAAAUCCACCUAAUUUCAGUAUGUUUUUUUAGAAACGGCAUUUAAUUUAUUUAUAAGGAUUUAAAACAUAAAUUCUGUUUUUAUCCAUUUCAAGGUAUUUGUUUAUAAAUAAAAUUAAUUCCAGAAUGAAUUGUCAUGCUAUAAUAUCUUACAACAAUAAAAUUAUUUUAAUUUUUUUACAACUAGUGCUGGCUGCUAAUCAAAGCAUAUUAAAAUAUUUGUGUUUGUUUACACAUGCAGGCAUCAUUUGUUUUUUUCUGUGAAGGUAUGAAGUUUACAAUUGUACUCUUCCUUAAGUAAAAUAAUGUAUUAUGUAUUUUUAUUCAUGAAUUUUCCUUGGUUGUUACUUAAAAAGCUGGUUACGUUCUUUGCAACAGUAGCAGAUGUAAUUUCCCCUACUAUUGUGUAAUAUUACUGCAAACCUUUGUCUAUUCAGAUAUUAUGUCUUGAAUUCUUUUAAGGUUUAUAAUUUUCUUUUUUUUCUUCUAUUUUAUCUUCCUUCUCUUUUUUCCCUUUCUUUUUUCCUGUUUCCUUUUAAAUCCUUUUCUUUAGCAAGCUUCUUGUAUAUUUCUUAAGUCUGCUUGAUUUCCUCUACAACCAACAUUAUUGUAAAAUGUUAGUGUAGUGUAAAUUUGAUAAUAAACUAAAACCUUCAUUAAAUACAGCUGAUAGAAAUACA